AUGGGUUAAAUUUCUUGUUUUUAAGGAAAUGAAUUAACAGAGUUUAAUGUAUUAUUACUUGGCCCAUCUGGAUCUGGAAAGACAAGAAUUGUGACAGAAAAAACUUUAGGACCUACAAUUAGUAAUGAAAAAUUUAAUUUUAUAGAGCUAUAAAAGCACUUAAUAAAAUUGAAUGAUAACCAUGGAUUGAAUUUUUAUGACACCCCUGGGAUUCUUAGUUUAUUCAAAUAAUGUCUGAAUUAGGAUAUUAUACAAAGUGUUGAUAUCAUUGCGUGUUUUCCUAAUUCAGAACAAUACAAGGACUAUAUAAAAGAAUUAUUACAAAAUAAUACAAAGUUAUUCAAAUAGAUUCCAUUUUAUGAUAUUCCAGGAGAUUUAGACUCAAAGGAGAUAAGGAAUAAGAUUUAUUUGUUUAUUUUAUCAUAGAGUAAAAGAAAAUCAAAAAAACCAAGUUAUAAUUAAGAAAUUGUCUGA